GAUUGCAUUUGUGCGCCAUGGUAUAAAGUGGAUUAGCAAUUACUGGGGGUCAAUGGAAGGGAAAAUGUGGUCAUUAGCCACUGGAUUUUGAGAGUGGCUUUUGAUGUUUAUCUCUUUCUGGACACACAGCAGACCCGUGCAGAAAAUCAUUCUGCCCUCGUACACGCAGCUGCUGAAGCCGUCGCCUUAUACCCUGAGACCAUCGUACGCCACUUACUCCCACUUGAAGCCCGUCGUGUUCCAGAGCUCGCCGCCGGGACCCAACACCGGGGAGUACAUCUACGAGAACCCCUACCCACCCGCGAACGUGUACAUGAGCCAGCCAGCGCCCAGUGGCCCCAUUCACACGAUACCAGCGCCGAAUCUCUCGCCAGUGGGGCCUCUCGCGCCCAUCUCUCCCAUCCACAGCAACCACAUCUACGAGGCGCCCACGCCCACCAUCACACCCUACUACUCUCCCCCGCGACCCGUGAGCGUGAAGCCCUACCAAGUGACCGAGGAGCCGACCAACGAUCUCACCCUGCACGAUCCUCUGUCCGGCAAGCAGACCUACUUUGCCCCCGAUCCGGAUCCCAGGUUGCCGGUUGCCAAGGUGCCACUCGAGACAACCCGCUUCGGGCAGCCGAGCAACGGAAAACCACACGACUACUCCUAUCCCCACCACCACCCCGCCUCCCGCCGUCCCCAUCACUCCAACCCCUCCGCAGCCACACAGCACAUCCUGCAGUACGUGAAGCUGGGCACCAGGCCCAUCUUCCCGCGCAUGCAGAAGCAGGUCGUCCAGCAAAUGUCCAUGUUGCACGGAAUGCCAGACUCUGUGUACAAUCCCACAUACCUCGUGACACAGUCCAAUAAUCUCCUGCAGCAGCAUCAGCAGCACCUGUUCCGGCCAGAGCCCGCCUACGUGUCCGCCUAUCAGCAGCAGCACGCCCACCCACAGACACAUCUCACCACACACGACACAGAGACCUACGAAAGUGCCGCGAGUCCGGGUCAAAUCUACGCCGCUCAGCACGAUCAGUUGCAUCAUCAGCAAGAUGCAUUGCAUCACCAGCACGAUCAGUAUCAACACCAAGAUUCGCAGAAUUUACUGCAGCAAGAUGAGAGCGCCGCGUACAAGCAACUCCUGGACCAGGCGACGCAGUAUUUCCAGUCCGGCGCCUAUCUAAACUACCCUCACAGCGUUUCCUCCACGCGAGCACCAUAUGUGGCCGAGUCCGCACCCACGCCAGCCUUCUACUACGCUCCAGAUCUCGCGGCCAAGCACCAGGAGGAGAACGCGCGGAUACUGGAGCAAGCCAAUGCUGAACUAAUGGAGAAAGGCUACUCAGCCUUCCACGAUGAACCCGAGGCUUCCUUCUCACACCAGAGCCCUAUUAUAUCAGAGAGCGCGAACUCUGAUAAGAAGAUGAGAAUCUAUGUGCCUGACGACGAAUUCACGACCGACACGGAAAAGGUCAAACUACAAAAUCGCUCAGACGACACCACAACCAAAGACGCAGAUCAAUCAGAAAAGGCUCAAGAGACAUAGAGAAGCCGGAAGAUUCUGACUCCUAGUUGUAGUUUUAGUGCAAUUCCGCUGUAGAGCCCCAAACUUGUUCCAAUCAUGUAAAAAGAUCACUUCCCCGCCAUUUCCCAGAUGUCUGAUCCUCUGUUAUUGUAUUAUUUGUUAUUUAUUGUAAGAACCAUAUGU